GGCAAAUGGGCUUAAGUUUUCAAGGGCCAAAAGGCGACAAAGGUGACCAGGGGGUCAGUGGGCCUCCAGGAGUGCCAGGACAAGCUCAAGUUCAAGAAAAAGGAGACUUUGCCACUAAAGGAGAGAAGGGUCAGAAAGGUGAACCUGGAUUUCAGGGGAUGCCAGGGCUUGGAGAGAAAGGGGAGCCUGGAAGACCAGGGCCCCGAGGAAAACCUGGAAAAGAUGGCGAAAAAGGAGAAAAAGGGAGUCCAGGCUUCCCAGGCGACGCGGGGUACCCGGGACUUCCAGGCCGCGAAGGUUUCAAGGGAGACAAAGGUGAAGCAGGUCCUCCAGGCCCACCUGGAAUUGCCAUCGGCCCAGGACCGUCUGGAGAAAAAGGAGAGCGGGGGUACCCGGGCACCCCAGGGUUGAGAGGAGAGCCAGGCCCCAAAG